AUGGCGGCAAGCGCGAGGGCGCAGAAGCCUGUCGGCUCAGCGCCAUGGAUUGCAGCAGAGAAGGAAAACAUGGCGGAGCUUGUAGAGCAAGAACUCGAAGAAGUGGAAUACCCUGUCCGACACGAACUGGACUGGUUAAAUGAACAUAUGACCGAGAUAUUAUCCAAAGGCCAGGCGAACUUCGCGGACGUGUUCAAGACGCCCGGAAAGAUGAGAGGUAAGACGCCUCGAACCGCUCGGAAGCGUAACCCGGAAGAGUCUCGAGUGCCCUUGAGCGAGAUCUUCUCAUCCGCCCAGAAACAAAUGGAAAACCAAGCAAGCCCGAGCCCAUUCAUGCAUCGUGUUAUUUCUAAGCCCGCUCCAAUGACGGCAUCGCCUGUGCCCCGCACCAAUAUCGUGACAGAGCAAGCUUCGCAGCCCGAAUACCCCGAUCUCACCCAAACUCUGAACUCCUUCCCCACAUACAACACUGACUCGGGCUAUCAUGGCAUGCCCGAUGAUGAUGAGAUGGUACUGCCUGACGUGCAACAAGAAUCACAGGCUUCUACUCAGCCUUGUACCCAGUCUUUUGAACAGGACGCGCCUAUGAAUAUGGAUACUCAAGAGGUCGAGAUCUCGGCCAGUCAACAAACGACUGAAGAAACCUUCCACUCUGCGCGGGAAGAGAUCCGCUUCCGUGGGGAGACCGUCGAACCAAACAAGGACCCAACCCCAACCCCAGCACCAGCUCCAUCCCAGGAGCGAACAGCGCGUCCAGCCGCAUCGGUUCCCAAGGAAUCCGAGACUGAAAUAAUGUCGACUCCGACUAAAAUAAGAAAAUCGAAACCAGAUGUCAAAAUCCCGGAAAAGCAACUGGACGAGGAACCUGCACCAAAGGACAGUGAUCCGGCUAUCUCAAAACCCGAGCCAUCCCCGGAAAAGGCCCUGGUGGCCCCAGUAUCCCCAGUAGCUCCACCUAUCAAGACGCAAGAGUCUCAUCCAGAGGACGAGGAUAUGGAGGAUGCCACCGAAGAUGCUACGGAAGACGACACAGUUCUCGACAAUCUUGAUGAUAUCGGCUCUCCUUCGGACGGUUCUACUCCAGAGCGACCAUUCGCUCGGAAAAGCAGCUUGAGCUUUGCCACUCUCCCUGCGCGGGAACCUUUGAAGACUCGAACAAGCCAUAUUGACCUGGCGAAAAUGAGUACUGCCGGACGUCCCAGUUACUUUGGCAAACAGACUGGCGGCCAUAGGAUUCCGCAAGCUGCAGCAGAUGAUAAUUCCGGUCCCAUGGCGUUGGAAAUUGACAACGAGAAAGAACCAAGUGACGAAGCAGAUCCUGACCAAGCUACCAGGAUGCACAGCAAAAAAUCCACCCAGUCCUUACAUGAUAGAAUCAGCAUGCUAGGCAAACUCCAGCCAUCCCGACCCCGAAAGUCAAUCCCAUCCGCUUCUGGGCUACCAGGUCAGAUUCCCUACCCAGACCUUCAAGCUUCCAAGGCUGAAGCAAAGUCUGAAGCUUCGAACGAAAGGGCACAGGAGGCUCCAACUUCAGAGCCUAUGUCGGUGGACGAUGACUGGAUCAAACCUCUGAGCUCUCCCCAGAAACAUGAGCUUUCCAGGAGCAAGACCACAGAUGUCAUGGAGAAGCUUGCUGAAUUCGAAAAGGCGCAAGCAGUCAAUAAAAAAGAUGCAUCGCAAACAGAGCCUGAACGUCCCACAACUACCUCGAUGUUCUCUUCACCCCGACCGCACAGCUACCAGCAAAGCGCUUCUUUUCCUCAUAUGCCGGUUGGUACAUCUACUACUCCAACAGGUUCACCAAGACGCUUUGACGGUCAUCUCAGUGCUUCGAAGCUGAAACUGCACUCGAUUAUGAAAUCUGCCAAAGGAUUGUUCUCCAGCACUGGCGCCACCCCACGGAUGGAACAUUCAUCGCCUGAGCAGGCGCGCAUUCAGCCAGGUGCUGGCUCACUCACUAAACAUGACAAACAUUUAUCUCAACCAGUCCCUAUCAGCAGUCCUCAACGACCAGAAGGCCGGCGCACACGAAGCUCGACCGAAAAAGAGGAGAAACGUCGCCAGCACAGACGCGAAGAGCAGGAGCGUGAGGAUCAAGAAGAAGAAGCACGUGUCGAGAGAGCCCGGGAACAAGAAAAGCAAAGGGCCCUCCAGCUCAAAUCCGCUCAGGAAAAUUCCUCGGUCGAGCCGGAAGAGAGGGCAGGCUCAGCAGUACACAAGACCUCCCAGUCACAACGCCAACAAUCGCGUGAACCUGAAUUGGUCCAGGAGUCUAACUCGAAAUUUUCCAUCCCUCAGCCAAAGCCAAAUGACCGUCGUCCUCUCAAACCCACUCGCGAGCCCGUAAAACGCCCAACGCCGCAACCCAUGUCAAUUCGUGUCGGCAGCACCAUGUCUCGUCAACAAAUCCCUGUUCCGUCGUCUUCCAGUGCUCAGGAGUCGAGUGUGUCCGUAGCCACCUCUGCCCCUGCAUCCAAACCAACUCUGAAAAAGAAGGGUAGCAAUGCAUCAUUACAUACAACAUCUUCUGCAAGCAGCUUUAAGAGCUCUAUUUCCAGUCAAACGCAAGCCCAGCGCAAGGCUCAGGUUGCCAGCGACCGCAAAAGGGAGCAAGACCGCGAGGCACGCCGGAAGGAAGAACAGAAGCGUGAGAUAGAACGCAAACGUGCUGCCCAGCAACAACAACAAGAUGAGGCCCGUCGCCAGGAGAUGAGAAGUCGUGCUGAAGCUGAAAGAGAGCGCCAAGCUGAAAGAGAACGCCAGGCUGAAAGAGAGCGCCAGGCUGAAAGAGAGCGCCAGGCCGAACGGGAGCGUCAGGCCGAACGGGAACGCCGUGAACGGUCGGCUCAGGAAGAUCCAAAUAAAGCCGCCCGUAUGGAGGCGAUCAAGAAACGACAAGCGGAGAAUGCUCGGAAGCAUGGGCGGCAAGGCAGCCAGCAAAUAGUCAACGAGGGACCAAUUCUGCAGCACGAGCAGCCUUAUUCUCAGUCUUCUCAACGGAGUGACUUGGGUUCUUCCCGUCCUGCUUCUCGCCUGGGUAGCUCAAUUCAGGCAUUUGGCGGCCGCAGCAUCAACCCACCUCCGCCUAACCCCGCGAAACCCCCAAAGAGAGGCAACGAUGAAAACAGCCUGCGGCCUGCGCCGUCUAAACCCAGCAGCGUGCAAUCAACUGGCGAGUUUAAACGGCGAAAGACAGAGGAUGAGCACAACCCUAUUCCACCUGUGCGCACAAUGGCACAACCUAUCCGUCAAUCGAAUAUCAGAAAGCCUUCUACCCUUGGCCGUGGACAGUCUUCCAUGGCACCACAGUCGGGCUCUUCCAGCUACAGAAAUGCUCAACCUCAGCGUCCCGCUCAUCCUAUAGUCACGUACACGAACGGCAAAAUACCGUUUGCCGAACCAAAUCAUGCGCCUCCGCCAAGCGCACACAAGAUUGCGCCCAACUCCGUCCAACGCCCACCAGCCAAACCAUCUCCAAAGUACCCAAGUGGUGAAAGUAUUCACUUGCCGGAGAUCAACACUGAUAGCGAAGAUGAUGACGAUUCCGACUCCGAGAUGUUCCCUGUUCCCAAGUGGGCACAGUCAAAGGAGCUGGAGGGUCUUCUCCGGGAGCAAGAUGGUAUGGAAGUUGACUCGAUCUUCGGGCCGAUUGCACCAUUCUCUCUAGAAGACACCUUCAAGGCGGAUAAGAAGGUCAAGAAAUACCGUGACCGCACCAGUAGUGCGAACUGGUCCGGACCCGAUGGACUUACUCAGGAGGAGAUUCGGAGAGAUGUUGCUGAACGACAGCGGUUGCGGCUCAAUGGUGGUUGGAGAUUCAACAGCCAGUGA